AGGUCCUCACCCCCAACCCAACAGCCCGGCGGAUCGCAUUGUCCCCGCUGCCGGCCGCCGCCGCCUCCACUCUCCGUCGGAUUGCCGCGGCGCUCCGCCGCAAUAUAGUCGGCCUGUCGUCUGCUGACGGAAGAAGAGGAGGGAUAGGGGGCAAGCCGAGGAGGGGAGUAUGUCGGGGUUCGGCGACGGGUACGUGGGCACCGCGCAGGACGCGGUGAAGAUCCGGCGGCUGGAGAAGCAGCGCGAGGCGGAGCGACGGAAGAUCGAGGAGCUCAAGAGCAAGAACGCCGACGGCCAGCCCGGACUCCUCCAGUUCGGAUCCAGCACCUCCGAGAUUCUUGAGACUGCAUUCAAGAAGGAAACUGUUGGUCUUGUCACAAGGGAGCAGUAUGUUGAGAAGAGGGUUAACAUAAGAACUAAGAUUGAGGAGGAAGAGAAAGAGAAGCUUCUAAAAUUGCAACAAGAAGAGGAAGAACUGCAAAUGCAGAAAAGGAAAAAGAGGAGAGUGAGGGGAGAUCCACGUUUGUCUUUCUUUGACGAAAUUGAGAACGGAAGUGAUGAUGAUGAGUUUGAGAACCAAGAAACUCAAAAGAAACAACUUGGGAAGGAUCCUACAGUUGAGACAAGUUUUCUACCUGACAGAGAGAGGGAGGCAGAGGAACAGGCAGAGCGAGAACGCUUGAAGAUGCAGUGGUCGCGUGAGCAAGAACUGGUCAAAAAUGAACCUCUUUCAAUCACUUACAGUUACUGGGAUGGUACUGGUCACAGGAGAGCUAUUCAGGCCCGCAAAGGUGACUCUAUUGGAGAAUUCUUAAGGGCUGUUCAACAGCAGCUUGCCCCUGAGUUCCGUGAAGUACGGACAACAUCAGUUGAGAACCUACUUUAUGUGAAGGAAGAUCUCAUUAUCCCACAUCAACACAGCUUCUACGAGUUAAUUGUUAAUAAAGCAAGGGGCAAGAGUGGACCGCUUUUCCACUUUGAUGUUCAUGAGGAUGUGCGUACCAUCGCUGAUGCAACAAAAGAGAAGGAUGAGUCUCAUGCAGGGAAGGUUGUAGAGAGACAUUGGUAUGAGAAAAACAAGCAUAUAUUCCCGGCGUCAAGAUGGGAGAUCUAUGACCCGACUAAGAAGUGGGAGCGUUACACAAUCCAUGGAGAUUAAAGUCAGUAGCAGGACGUGUCAUAAUUUGAGAACUCAAGCGUUUCUACUUCGGAUUUAUGUAACAAAUAUCGCAGCAAUUUUGCUAAUGCAAUAUUUUCAAAAGACUGUUGUUUGCGACAAUUCUCUUCCUGAGCUGUAAACUCUACCUGUAUGCUCUUGGAUUUUUUUCUUGAAAAAAAUAGCCGGUACUUGGAUAUAUUGACAUAUAAUAGUUGUGCACCUUC